UUCUUUAAAGUUCAUCCAUGGAUGAAUAUUAUUGUAAGGCAUAUCUAGAUAUGUCUUCAACAGAUGUACCAUGCGACAAUGAUCCGUAUCUACACAUAGAAUUCGAUUACACGACUACUCGUGUUUCAAGCGAUGAAAUGAAUUCAUCUUUAAGCGAUACUAUACAUUAUAACUUUUCAUAUGUGUCCGAAGAUAGAGUGAUCCGAAAAGCUACCAUUGUAUCAUAGCUUUCUCAAGUGGGUGUUCCUGAAGAUGCUUUUGCGUUGGUGGUAGAAGAAAUUUCGCAAUGUGUUAGUGAGAUGGGUAGUGGGAUGUAUAAGAACUUGAGGGAUCUUUUUAUUCAAGUUGAUUUUUCUGUUACACGUAAUUCUAAAGAGUGUGAUGAAGAUGAAGAGAGCAAUUGUUUGGACGAGAAUGAAGAGGAAAUGCAAGUUGAAGAAGAUGAAGAUAAUGCGUUGAUUCCUCCUGUUACAAGGACUAUUGAAGAUAACCAUAAUAAAGAUGAAUGGAGUUAUAGAUGGGAGGAAGAGGAAGAAAUGGAGAUGGAAGUACAAGAUGAUGGGUUGACUCCAAAUGUUACGUGGACUGUUGUUGAAGAUGAUCACGGUGAAAACGAGUAUGGAGAUGAUUGGGACUCUUAUUGGGAAGAGGAAAUGAGAAUAGAAGAAGAUAAUAGAUCGGUUAUUGAAGUUGAAAUUGAUGAUGAUUAUAGCUUCGAUAUUGAAGUUGAAAAUGAUGAAGAUGAAUGGAACUAUGGUUGGGAAGAGGCAAUCAGAAUUGAAGAAGAAGAUAUUAGGUUUGUUCUUGCGGCACCGUCAUGUAUUGAAGGAUUGAAGAUGGUAACAAUUGAAGAGGCGGAAAAAUGUACUAUUUGCCACGAAGAUUUUAAUGUUGGUGUCUGUAUGCCAUGUUCGCAUAUGUUUCAUACGAAUUGUAUUAAGAAUUGGUUGAAUGUAGGCAACUCUUGCCCUUUAUGUAGAUUUCAGCUACCUACUAGUAGCACAAAUGAAUAA